AUGCCCGGUGUGGAGAGUGAACUACUUCAGCAAGCAAACAAAAAGAUCUCUGACCUCAAGGAAGAUAUCCGACGGCUCUCUGAUGAACUCCAGAAGAAAAAGUCACUGCUGUCUCAAGCCCAAUUUCCACUGGCGUACCAAUCGCCCACAAAGCCGAUUACACGCCAGGAGACAGCUCGUUCUACGGCUCGUGGCCAGGCGGAGAUCAUCCACGCUCACGCCACUGACUCCUUCAUGUACAUUUGCGAUCGGACAAAGACCAUCCUGGCAAGACAGAACACAAACUACCGCUUGAGUGUACCAGUGGAAAAGCGGGUCGCAAUUGCCAUCUGGAAACUGGCGACGGGCAGCGAAUACAGAACCAUCAGCCAUCUGUUCGGUGUCGGCCUGAGCACUGUGUUCAACUGUGUCCAGGAGUUUUGUAAAGCAGUCAACACAGUGCUGCUGCCAGAACAUAUCAAGAUUCCUGAUGGUCCAAAGUUGAUUGAAUUGGCCAAAUUUUUUUCCAAUCGAUGGAGAGUCCCACAGUGUGUAGGUGCUAUAGAUGGCAGCCACAUUCCCAUAAUUGCACCAGAGGAAUACCCCAAGGACUACUUCAACCGCAAAGGCUGGCAUUCAGUUGUUCUUCAGGCUGUUGUAGAUGGAAGAGGCCUCUUCUGGGAUGUUUGUGUCGGCUUUCCAGGAUGUGUGCACGACGCAAGGAUUUUUCGUCAGUCACAUUUGUGGGAUGUUUUGAGUGGUGGACAGUUGCUGGGGCAGAACAAAGUGAACAUCUCUGGCUGUGAUGUUGGACAUUAUCUCCUCGGUGACCCCGCCUACCCCAUGCAGAGGUGGCUCAUGAAGCCGUUUUCGGACACUGGGAGACUGACCCCUGACCAACAGAACUUCAAUUACAGGGUGAGCAGUGCACGCUCACUAGUGGAGAUGGCUUUUGGGAGACUGAAAGGACGAUGGAGAUGUCUCCUCAAAAGAAAUGACUGCAAGCUGGAACUGUGCAAGACCAUGGCCCUGACCUGCUGUGUUCUCCACAAUAUUUGUGAGGAGCAUGGUGACAAUUUCAUGGAGGAGCUCCCAGGCAGACACAUCAAUGUUCAGCCUGCUGUCCAAGCCUUACCUGACAAUGGUAAUCCAGAAGGGAGUGAUGUCAGGGCUGCUUUGAUGGAGUACUUUUGUCAAAAUUGA